UCAGCGUGUGGGUGGAUCCCUGUGGCUGGGUAUGUCAGUAACAGGCGGAUCCCGGGAGCAGAUGCAAUGUCUCAGGCGGAGAGAGGCAGCACGGAGCCUGUGGCUGGGAAGCUGGGGCAGGACAGCGAGGAGGAGGAGGAGGAGGAGGAAGCCGAGAUCCUGGAGGAGAGUCCGUGCGGCCGCUGGCAGAAACGGCCCGAGCAGGUGAGACAGGGUAAUGCAGCUAGCAUUGAGAAGAUGUUCCUGGCCAUGGACACUGAGGAAGGGGUGGAGGUUGCUUGGAAUGAGGUUCACUUCGUCAAUCCCUGGGUCUUCCUCCUUCAUGAGGAGAAUAUUAAGUUGGUUUUUGAACAUUUCAUGCAACUGGAACAUCCCAACAUUGUCAAAUUUCAUAGGUACUGGAUUGACAACAGAGAGAACCCAGGCAGGAAGAGACCUGCAGGAGAGAGUCACACCAGGCUGAUUUUUAUCACCGAGUACAUGUCCUCAGGGAGUUUGAAACAGUUCCUGAAAAAAACCAAAAAAAACCGCAAGACCAUGAAUGAGAAGGCCUGGCGACGAUGGUGUACCCAGAUCCUGUCUGCUCUCAGUUACCUACAUGCAGGGGAGCCCCCCCUCAUUCACGGGACACUGACCUGUGACACCAUCUUCAUUCAACACAAUGGUCUCAUCAAGAUCGGGUCAGUCUGGCACAGGAUGUUUGCCAAUGUUCUGGCAGAAUCUGCGAAGACCUCACUGAGAAGUCCCAGGGAAGAGCAGAAGAUCCGUCACUUUUUUGCUCCAGAAUAUGAUGGUCAGGGUAAGGACACAACCGCUCUGGAUAUUUUUGCGUUCGGAAUCUGUGCCUUAGAGAUGGCUGUUUUGGAGGUACAGAGAAAUGCAGACAACAGUGUGUCGCCUGAAUCCAUCGCCAAUGCCAGUCGAUCGCUUGGAAACCCUUUGAUGAAGGAAUUUAUUCAGAAAUGUUUAGCUCAAGAGCCAUCACAACGGCCAAGUGCCCACGAGCUCCUCUUCCAUCGAGUUCUCUUCGAGGUUCACUCCCUCAAGCUGUUGGCUGCUCACUCCCUCAUCAAUAACCAACAUGUGAUACAGGAAAACUGUGUGGACGAGGUGACCAAGAGGAUUAACCCCAGCACAGUGAUGGCAGAGGUUCGACACGGGAACCGUGUGGGAGCACAGUGGACCUACUCCCAUGUCUCCACGUUGGAACUGGAUAAGUUCCUGGAGGAUGUUAAGAAUGGAAUCUACCCUUUGAUGAAUUUUUCCUCCAAACGCCCACAUCAUUUGUUCUGGGGGCAGGUCCAUCCGCCUGAAUUCACGGACCUGGUGAAAUCUCCAAUUGCAGAGUCCCAUGAGAAGGAGACCAGGAAGGUCAUUCAGAUGCAGUGCCACCUGGACUCACACGAGGCCAACAGCAAAAGGCAUCUUACUCUCUUCCUCAAAUUGGACGAUCGUUUACACAGACAUCUGACCUGUGACCUUUUGCCAACUGAUCAUUCCCAGGAUUUGGCCCGAGAACUUGUGCAGUAUGGAUUCAUUCGCCAGGACGACUGUCAGAAGUUGGAAAACUUUCUGGAAGAUACUUUCAGCAAGCUCGAAGGUGAAGGGGUCACUGCCCAGUCAUGGCAAGUGCUGAACCGAGAUUAGGGGAGAGGACCAGGCAGUGACACGCCCUGUCCCACUGCAGCCUUACCUCGGCACAGGCAUUCACCCUGGUAACAAGCAGCAACAUCACCAUGUCUGCACCCAGCUUCACCAUCUCACUACUCACUGCCUAACAUCUGUAUGUGAAACACUCCCAGCACAGGGACAGCACGGGGCUGGAUUCCUAACAUCUGUAUGUGAAACACUCCCAGCACAGGGACAGCACGGGGCUGGAUUCCUAACAUCUGUAUGUGAAACACUCCCAGCACAGGGACAGCACGGGGCUGGAUACAGAUGAAAGCUCCCUCUACACCAUCCCCCUAGUGAAUUUCUGCAGUGCAUCUUGUAGAUAGUACACACUGCUGCGACUGAGUGUCGGUGGUGGAGGGAGUGUGAUGCUUGUGGAUGUGGUGCCAAUCAAGCGGCUGCUUUGUCCUGGAUGGUGUCAGGCUUCUUGAGUGUUUUUGGGGCUGCACCCAUCCAGGCAAGUGGGGAGUAUUCCAUCACAAGAUAAUAAAAUG